AUCCUAGGGCUGGAUCCUGGUACCAGAUCCCAUCCCAAGACCAUGUCCCCACCCUGGGGCUGGAUCCCGGUGCCAUAUCCCCAUCCUGCACCCCUUCUCUCUCCGGCUGUUCCCUGAUCCAGGUCCCCAUCCCACAGGACAGCUGCUGGGGGCCAUGUCCUCGCUGCUGUCCCUGCAGGAGGAGAACCGUGUCCUGCAGCAGGAGCUGUCCCGUGUGGAGGACCUGCUGGCCCAGAGCCGGGCCGAGCGCGAUGAGUUGGCCAUCAAGUACAACACCAUCAGCCAGCGGCUGGAGCAAAGCCUGCGGCAGGAGACGGGCGAGCGGGAACCCGAGGAGAGCAGGAGCCUGGCCCAGCACAACAUCGAGCUGCGGCGGCUGCUGGAGGAGGAACAAGCCGCCUACAAGCGGAAGCUACAGGCCUACCAGGAGGGGCAGCAACGCCAGGCCCAGCUGGUGCAGAAGCUCCAAGCCAAGGUGUUGCAGUACAAGAAGAAAUGCGGCGAAGCGGAGCAGCAGCUGCUGGAGAAGGCGACGGAGCUGGAGCAGGAGAGGCUGACGAGCCAGCUGGAUGUGAGCGGCUCGCCGCCGGAGGAGGAGAGCAGCAACGAGCUGGAGAACGCCUUGAUCCGGCUGGAAGAGGAGCAGCAGAGGAGCAGCAGCCUGGUCCAGGUGAAUUCCCUGCUGCGGGAGCAGCUGGAACAAGCCAACGUGGCCAACGCGGCGCUGAGCGAGGACAUCCGGAAGCUGACGGCAGAUUGGGCCCGGGCCCGGGAUGAGCUGGAGCAGCGGGAGGCAGAGUGGAGACAUGAGGAGGAGUCCUUCAACACCUACUUCAGCAAUGAGCACAGCCGGCUCCUGACCCUCUGGAGACAGGUGGUGGCCUUCAGGAGGCACUUUGGGGAGAUGAAAGCCACCACUGAGAGGGAGCUGUUGGAGCUGGUCCAGGAGGCCUCCCGGACAGGCCGUGCUGCCCACGCUGCCUGCCUGCACUUGGCCUCCAACCUGCGGCUGCGGGAGAACCAGGCUGGGCUGGAGCGGGAGCGGCUGGAGCUGCGGCGGGAACAGCUGGAGCAGCAGCUGGAGACACGGGAGCGGGAGAGGACGGACUUGGGUGCCAAGCUGGAGGAGGUGACGGUGGCCCUGGAGCGGCUGCGGGAGGAGCACGGGGAGAAGGAGCGGGAAGUGCGGGAAGUGCGGGGGCGGCUGCAGGAGGUGGAGCUCUCCCGUGCCCGGGACCCGUCGCCAGCCGAGGUGGAGGCCUUGCGCUGCGAGCUGGAGCUGCUCCGGCAGGCGCUGCAGGAGGUCACGCAGGCUGUGCUGUCGGAGGACCCCGAGCAGCCCCCAUCACCCCCGCCCCGUCCCCCCGCCUCGCCCGCUGCCGCCAUCACGGCCGUGCAGGCCGCCCUGCAGCGCCGCCACCUCCAGCUGAAGGAGGCCCGGGGCCAGGCGCACGCCCUGCGGCAGGAGCUGGGGGCUCGGGAGCGGCGGCUGGAGGAGCUGGGGGCCGAGGCCGGGAGCUGCCGGCGGGAGCGGGACCAGGCGCAGGCGCAGCUGGGGCAGCUGCAGGAGCAGGCGCAGGAGCUGCAGAGGGUGCAGCAGCAGCUGGACACGCUGCAGCAGGAGCGGGUGCAGCUCCAGGGCCGCCUGGAGGGGCUGGAGGAGGCGCAUGCUCGUGCUGCCCAGCAGGUGCAGGACACCCGCCAGCAGCUGGAGCACAGCCAGCAGCAGGUGGAGGAGCUGGAGCUGCAGCGCGCGGAGGCGCAGCGGGAGCUGCUGGAGGCGCGGGAGGCGCUGAGCCGGGCGGCGCUGGAGGCCGAGGUGGCGCGGGGCGAGCGGGAGGCACUGGCUGAGGCGCUGGGCAAGGCCCAGGACAGCUGCGGGGAGCUGGCAGCAGCCGGGCGGGCAGCGGCGGCCGAGCAGGCGCGGCUGCGGGACAGCCUGGGCAGGACCAGCGAGCUGGCGGGGGGGCUGGCGCGGGAGCGCACGGAGCUGAACCGCUGCCUGGCCCGGCUGGAGCGGGAGCGGGAGAGCGCGCGGCUGCGGGAGCGGGAGCUGGGCCGGGAGCUGCGGCUGCUGCGGGGGCGGCUGGAGCUGCGGCAACGGGCCGGGGUGGCCGAGCGCCAGGGCCUAGAGCGGGCCCGCAAGGCGGCCGAGGAGGGGGCCCGGGGGCUGCGGGGCCAGCUCAGGACCCUGCGUGGCCACCACCUGCGUCUGCGCCAGCACCUGGGCCAGGCGGUGCAGGAGCAGAGCGCGGCGGGCGAGGCGCUGGCGCAGGCACGGGGGGAGCAGGAGCGGCUGCGGGAGGAGCUGCAGCAGCUGGGCCGGGCCCGCCAGGCACUGGCCAAGGAGGGGGCCAGCCUGGCUGUCCAGUUGGCCACCGCCCAGCGCCACAGCCAGGAGCAGGCCCAGGAGCUGGCCGCCCUCAGGUUGGAGAAGGAGGGGCUGGAGAGCAGCAUCUUCCAGCUGCAGCAGCAACUGGCCCAGCUUGACACCCGCAACCAGCAGCUGGAGGCUGAGGGACGGACCCUGGUCCAGGCCAAGGAGACACUGGAGGGGGAGCUGCGCGCGGCGCGGCAGGAGCGGGCGCAGGAGCUGGAUGCGCGGCAGCAGGCGGUGGCAGCGGCCGAGGCGGCGGUGACAGCGGCGCUGCAGGGUGCCCGGGACACGCACCGCGGGGAACUGCGGCUGCUGCUGCGCCAGAAGGAGGAGCUGGAAGCUGAGCGGGACCGGCUGGCACAGGAGCAGCAGGAGUUGGUGGCUGAGCUGGAAGCCACGCGGCGGCAGCACGAGAACGAGAAGCAGCAGGCACUGGUGCUGCAGGAGGAGGAGCGGGCGGCGCUGGUGGAGACGCUGGGGGGGCUGCAGCAGAGCCUGGCUGAGGCCACAGCUGAGCUCGAGCAGCAGCGGCGAGAGGCCACCGGCCACCAGGAGAAGGAGCAGACCCUGUCAGCAGAGCUGCGCAGCCUGCGGGCACAGGCGGAGGAGGCAGCAACAGCCCAUGAGCGGGAGGCCAAGACUCUCCGGGAACAGGCGGCAGCAGCGGCCAAGCAGCGGGACAGUGCCCUGCGGGAGGCGGAGGAGGCGCGGGCGCAGCUGCAGCUGGUGGCGGAGGCGCGGGCGGCCGGGAGGCGGGAGCUGCUGGAAGCGCAGCGGGAAGCCCGGGAGAACCAGGAGCUGCGGGAAGUGCAGCGGAGGCAGGUGCAGGAGGCCCGGAGGGCUCUGGGAGAUGAGGCCAGGGAGAAGGAGACCCUGAGGCGCUCCAACGAGGAGCUGCGGGCGGCGCUGCGCCGCGCCGAGGGAGAGAGGAUCAGCCUGAAGCGCAGCAGCGAGGAGCAGGAGCAGCGGCUGGUGCUGCUGCAGGACGGGCGGGCGGCUGCGGAGCGGGAGGUGCUGGAGCUGCGGGUCAAGCUGCGGGAACUGGAGCGCGCCCGCCUGGACGCCCGCAGGCAGCUGCAGGAGCUGCGCCGGCAGGUGAAGGACCUCGACAGCGAGAACAGCAAGAGGAGCAGGGAGGUGGGUGAGCUGCAGGCGCGCGUGGCCCUGGAGGAGCAGCGGGAGGAGGAGAGUCGCCGCGAAGCCUUCGGCCUCAGGCAGAAGGUGGUGGAGAGCGAGGCUGGCACCGAGGCUGCCAGGAAGGAGCUCCAGGACCUGCAGCGGCGCCUGGCGGAGGCGGAGGAGGAGUUCCGGCAGCGGGAGCAGGACCUGUCCCGCAGCCUGGAGGAGGCUCGUGGGCACGAGAAGAAGCUCUUGGCCGACACCCGCAACCUGCAGCUGAAGGUGGAGGCGGCGCGGGGGGAGGCGGCCGAGCUGAGCCUGCGCCUGAGCGCGGCCGAGGGCCGGGCCCUGGGGCUGGAAGCCGAGCUGGCCCGCGGGGAGGAGCUGCGCCGCGCCGCCGAGACCCGCCUGGGGGGCAUCCAGUCCGCCCUGCGCCGCACCAUGGGCAUCGGCCGGGCACCCGGCUCCCUGGGAAAGGGCAAGGGACCAGAGGGGUCAGGGAACCCCAGCUCAUCCCUGGACCCGGACGCGGAACCGGAGGCGGUUCGGGCAGCCCUGCGGGAAUUCCUGCGUGAGCUGCAGGACACACAACGGGAACGGGAGGAGCUGAAGGUGCAGGUGGGCACCCUGGGCCGGCAGCUGGCGGAGGCAGAGGAGGAGCGAGACAGCGCCAGUGCCCGGGCACAGCAGCUCCAGAAGCUGGUGGCUGAGAGUGAGGAAGGGCGCGGGGAGCCCGGCAGUGCCCGCGCGGCGCGGCUGCUGCAGGAGGAGUCGCUGCGCCGGGGCGAGCGGGAGCGCCGGGCGCUGCGGGAGAAGGUGGCGGCGCUGGAGCGGGACCUGCAGCUCGCUGAGGAGCAUCCUGUCCCUGUCCUCAUCCCUCACCACUCUUUACUGGCUCUCCAGUGCCUUCCAGGAGCAUCCUGGCACCAUCCCCACCACUCCAUGCCAGCUCAUUCCCAUCCCUCUCUGCUCCAUGCCAGCUCUCUGCUGCCUUCCGGGAGCAUCCUUCCCUCAUCCCCAUCCCUGCCCACUCCAUGCUGGCUCUCCCAUCAUUUCCAGGAUCAUCUUGAUCCCAUUCCCAUCCCUACCUGCUCCAUGCCAGCUCUCUGCUGCCUUCCAGGAGCAUCCUUCCCUCAUCCCCAUCCCCGAUUGCUCCCUACCAGCUCUCCCAUGCCUUGCAGGAGAAGCUGGGUGCCACCCGGGCUGGCGAGGCCCAGCUGGAGGACACGAGGCAGCGCCUGGGGGGCAGCGCUGAGCCGGAGCCGGCGGCUGGAGCUGCAGCAGCGGGUGCUGCAGGGGGAGCUGCAGCGCGUCCGCCGGGCCCUGGCGGAGCGGCAGGAGGAGGCGCGGGCAGCGCAGGAGCGGCAGGAGCUGCUGCAGAAACAGCUGGCAGAGAGCGAGCAGCGCGCCGGCGCCUUGCAGCUGGCCACGGAGAGGCUGAGCACAGCCUUGGCAGAGAGCAGCUCCAAGACCCACGUCCCCAAUGAUGUCCCCAGUGAUGUCCCCAGCACCACGGUGACACCAGCAGAUGCCACCAGGGUCCACCAGCAGCUGCUGCAGCUCCAAAGCCUCCUGACCGCCGGCGAGCUCGACCGCCGGGCACUGCAGGAGGGGCUGGAGGUGGCCCGGCGGGCGCUGGCGGAGGCGCGGGAGGAGAAGGGGGCGCUGCGGGAGCAGCUGCGGGGGCUGCGGGAGGAGCAGGAGGCCCAGCAGCGCGGGCGGGAGCAGCUGGAGCUGCAGCUGCGGCAGCUGCAGGAGGCGCAGCGGCAGGAGCUGGGGGGGCUGCAGGAGCGGGUGGGGACCCUGCAACGCGCCCUGAGCCGCGCCCAGGCCGACAGGAGGGAGGCCGAGCGCCUGGCCCUGCGCCUGGAGAAGGACAAGGGUGCCCUCAAGAAGACCCUGGAGAAGGUGGAGCGGGAGAAGCUGCAGGGGCAGGAGGACUGGCUGAGGCUGCAGGUGGAGAAGACGCGGCUGGAUCGUUCCCUGGGGACGGCGCGGAGGGACCUGGCGCAGGCUCAGCACCGAGUGCAGCUGCUGCAGGCUCAGGUGUCAGUGCUGGAGCAGCGUCCCAGGGCCCCCCCGGGGCUGGCUGGCCCCCCCGGCGGCCUGGAGGAGGAGGUCGCGCUGCUGAAGGGGCCGGAUCUGCCCCCUCUCCCCUCCAGCAUUUAGUACCCGCAGAGACCGGUACAACUCAAGGCACGGGUGAGGGGGCUGCCAGGCACAGCCCCCCCACCCCCUCUUAAAACCCACUCCGGGGGUUUCUCUCAUCAUUCCCUUUCCCCAAAGCAAAACCCCCUGCACUUUAAACAUUCCCCCCCACCGGAGACCCCCCCACUUGGGAAUUUUUGAUACAGUUUUGGGGCAUGGUGGGUUCAUUUCUCCUUAUUUUUCUAUUGCAAUUUUUAACAGAUUGAAAAUCCAGGUUUUUUAACCCCCCCCCUCCCAAAAAAAAAAAAAUAAAUAAAAGCCCCAUCGUGGCAACAACCAAACCACCUGAUUUAUUCCCCACCCCCCCAAUACAUGAUGCUCCUCCUGCCCUUUCCAGCCCCAACUCUCAGCAGGUCCUAAUUUUCCCCCUUUUUUCUAACAAAACCCCCAAAACCUUCUCUAAGUUUGGUGCUUUUUGGACAAAAAGUGGGAUUUUUUUAUAUCACUAUUUGUGGAGCUUGAGAGGUUUUUUUACUGGUGCUACUGGGCCAGCCCCCUGAUAAAAUGGGGGUGUUGAGGUGGUGUGGCCCCCACCCAACUAGUACAUGUGGAUAAACCCAAACUGGUACCAGUCGGGGUUGGUGUGGGUUUUUUUGGGGGAAGGUAAAAUUUUGGGGCUGCUCAAACUGGGGUGCAGGAUUGAUUCCAGUCCCUAAAUGAUGAUAAAUAAUAACAAUGAAUAAUAAAUUAUAACCAAGAAUAAUGAAGAAGAAUAAAAACAAUUAAUUAAUCCUUUUACUAAUAUAUUAUUGUUAUUUCUUACCACCCCCAGUUGGGACGAGAGGUGCAAGGGUGUCAUUUUGGGGUGCUGCUGAUCCCCCUUUUUUCCUUGUUUUAAUCCUUUUUUUGGGCUUUAAACCCCAAGGGCUGGAUGAACCCCAAGGGCUGGAUCAAUCCCUCCUGUUCCUAAGGCCCUGAGCACAGGGAUGGGAUGGUUGGGAUGGGAUGGGAUGAUGGAAACAUCUCAACACUUGAACACCCCAAGACUCUUUUCUAGGAGAUCCAGACACUCCCCAAGGGUGAAACUCCAAAGGAUGGGAGAAAAAUCCCUCCCAACAAUGAGGCACCAGGGGUUUUAUUCAUGGGAAACCUGGAAAACUGGACACUGGGCUAGAGAAUAAAGUGUUGGAGAAUAAACUGCUAGAGUCAUGGAUGCAUGGAAUGGUUUGGAAGGGACCUUAAACAUCACUUAGUUCCAACCCCCUGCAUGGGCAGGGACACCUCCCACCAGCCCAGGCUGCUCCAAGCCCCAUCCAACCUGCCCUUCAACACUGCCAGGGAUGGGGCAGCCACAGCUUCCCUGGGCAACCUGGGCCAGGGUCUCCCCACCCUCACAGUGAAAAUGAAGUGAGAAACCACCCCCCAAAAAUGAGACA